AACAUUGGUCACACUGCCGCGAUCAAAAUUUUAAAAGAUGCUUAACCAGUCAAUAAAAGAAUAAAUUAAACUUUUUAAUCUAAAACCAUGGAAGGCGGCAAACUAAGCGCUGUGCGCAUUGCAGUCCGCGAGGCGCCGUAUCGCCAGUUUUUGGGGCGGCGGGAGCCGAGCGUCGUGGAAUUCCCGCCAUGGAGCGAUGGCAAGUCCCUAGUGGUGGAGAGGAAUGAGUACCACUUUGACCACGCCUACCCGUCGACCGUGGGCCAGGAAGUGGUGUACCAGGACCUGAUCCAGCCGCUGGUGGAAAGGGUCAUUCUGGGAUUCCAGUGCACCGCACUGGCCUAUGGCCAGACGGGAACGGGGAAGAGCUACUCGAUGGGAAUGGCGUCAACGGAUAAGCCCGAGCAUCUUGGCGUUCUGCCACGCGUUCUAUCCGACAUCCUGGAUCGGGUGUCAGCCAUGAAAGAGAACCGUACAGGUAACACCCAGGUGUUCGCCUCAUUCAUCGAAAUAUACAAUGAGAAGGCGUACGAUCUGCUGGGAUCGGAGCCACAUGUGCCCAUGGUGGCUGCUCGUUGCCAUAGAUGCACAUGCCUGCCAUUGAACCGCCAGGAGGAUCUUCAAAGCCUUUUAAACCUGGGCACUGGCAAUCGUCGCGUUCGUGCCACCAACCUGAACGCCAGCAGUUCCAGGUCACACGCCGUUGUCACGAUCCACGUGAAGAGCAGCACCUUCCAUUCGAGGAUGAACAUUGUGGAUCUGGCCGGAUCGGAGGGCGUGAGGCGCACCGGGCACGAGGGCGUGGCCAGGCAGGAGGGCGUCAACAUCAAUUUGGGCCUGCUCAGCAUCAACAAGGUGGUGAUGUCCAUGGCGGCGGGCCACACGGUGAUUCCCUACCGCGACAGCGUCCUCACCACAGUUCUGCAGGAAUCACUCACCGCACAGUCGUUUCUUACCUUGGCCUGCAUAAGUCCCCAUCGCUGCGAUCUGAGCGAGACAUUGUCGACUCUGCGCUUCGGCACCAGCGCCAAGAAGCUCCGCCUGAAUCCGAUGCAAGUGGCACGCCGGAAGAAUUUGCUGGCCGCACGGACGCCAAGCAUGCUCCGUGUGAACAGCUCGACAGCUAUCAAACGCCACUUCAAUCAGCAUUCCGCAAACAUGCUCCACCGCACUCGUUCCGAACUGGGCAUGACACCCAAAGCCAAAAAAAGGGCACGCGAGCUAUUGAAGCUGGAGGAGCCCUCGUCCAUAGACAUCUCGGACAGUAGCCUCAGUUUUGUGGGUUUCCAGGACCAGGACCAGCAACGGAUGCCGCCACCUGGACAACCAGGUCAGCCCAGCAGCCUGCACUCCACCGCAGUGAGCGUUGCCGAAGGGGAGGAGGAUGAGCCGGAGCAGGCAGCUGCGAUGGAGCGGUCGGCCAUGUCCAUGUCCAUGUCGACCAUUGUGAGUCCCAUUAGUCUGCGGCCAUCCAGCAUACAGCAGGAGAUCAGCGGUAUUCAAGCUUUGGGGGAGAGCUGCGUGGAGCAGUGUCCCUGGUCACGGUCCCACGUACGUCGCUCUGCGCGUCUGGCGAACAUCUUUGCAGUGGACACCUCCGACACCUCCGGUGCCAUUCCACAAAGUAGCACAUCAAAUUUGCGGCGCAGCAGGCGACUGGCGGAAAUUCGGGAACGUAGCGCUUCUGCUGUCGCAAGAAUGGAGACCAGCCGUAUAGCCACAGUUCGACCCCAACAAAGCACCACACAGAGCGAAGGACCCCGUUCGAGGAACUUAGAUCCGCCAGCAGCCGAAGCUUGGAUGGUCAAUCAUCACCGCUGCUUCCUGGACAUGCUCAACAACGGCGGCCUGAGGGAGCUGCAGAAAAUUCCCGGAAUCGGUCCGAAGACAGCCUUUACCUUGAGCAUGCACAGAUCUCGCCUUGGUUGCUUCAACGAUCUUGACCAAGUAAAAGGACUGCCCAUUUGGCCCGGAAAAAGCUGGGACAGGUUCAGCCAAGUAAACUGUCUGGAUCUCUAAUAAAUAUAACCUAGUAUACGAUUUAUUUUAUGUGUAAUAUUCGUGACAAAUUUUGUUUUGUUUUUUUUUUUGUCCCUGAUGUACCAAAAAGUCUAUAUAAUUUAUAAAAGUCACUGAACAUAAGUGAAAAUAGAAGGGAGCAGAAUAUCCUAACAUUUCUGAGUGUUAGCUAAGCAUUUCUGAGUGUUAGUUAAGCAUUUCUGAUCAAGUUUAUUUUUUAUUGUUUGUGAUUUUUUCUUAUUCAAUGAAUGAAACAUAAUAUUAAGACUUAAAAUAAGCCCUUUGUAAACAAAAUAUUUGAACACGAAGAAA